GUGUGUAUAAUUUGAGAAAUUGCGAUUUAGUUUGAUUGCUGAUGGUUUACAUUUGCUCUACAAAUAUUUACACUGGCCAAAUUUAAAUACACAUAUCAUCAUCUUCAUCGUCAUCAUCACCAUCAUCAUCAUCAUCAUCAUCAUCAUCGUAACACAGCCGCCGUCCUUGCGGAACUGUUCUUCUGAACAUCACCUUCAUCUCUGACACACGUGUCGCACAGUGGGAGGGAUUUUUGAAUCGAUCCGAAACAGACUGGGUGGAGCGCCGCAGCACAAACUUAAAGAGGAGGAGGGAAAAAAAGCUUUGAGUCGAUCAGUCGUGUUUCUGUGUCCGGAAAGUCCGUGCGGAUCAGUCGGUAGAGCUUAAACUCAAAGUCUGCAUCGAAGAAUUUGCUGUCAUUUUUCUCAGAGUAAAAAAAAAGAGAAAAGAAAAAGACGGAACAGCCAGAGCUGCAAAAUGAGAAAGUUAGAGGAAUGAAAAAGUUGAAACUUUUUUAUACAUUUAUUAUUAUUAUUAUUAUUAUUAUUAUUAUUAUUAUUAUUGUACUGCUGCUUCAGUGAGAGGACCUGCGUGCAGUGAGGGGUGAUGGGGCUGUGAGGGUGUUAACACGAGGCAGCAUCGCGCCCUUUACUCCGCAUCCUCGCUGUUUUGCCAAAUGACUGUCUCCAGAAAAAAGGAUUUACGCUCGGAUUGUUUUCAGUGAACCCUCCUCGUGCUGGGAGACCCCGCUCUGGCGAACAUGAACAGCAGCUCAAAGUGCCACGGCCAGCACUCGAUUGUUGGCCAAGGCAACAAACCAAUAACCAUCACUUUCUUUUCGCUCGGAGUGGUGGGAAACCUGCUGGCCCUCUUCAUCCUCUUAGUGCAUCAGAAGGAGAACCGCUCCCGGUCCUCGGUCUUCUGCAUCCUGGUGACCGGCCUGGUCCUCACCGAUCUGCUGGGAACCUGCCUCCUCAGCCCGCCGGUGUUCAUCUGCUACGCCCACAACAUGUCCUUGAUCGGCCUCGGCGGGGAGAAGCUGUGCAACCUUUUCGGCUUUGUGGUGAACUUUUUCGGACUGGCGUCCACCCUCAUCCUGUGCGCUAUGGCCCUGGAGCGCUGUAUGGCCAUCAGCCACCCGUAUUUUUACUCGGUGCACAUCCGCCCCACUUUUGCCAAAGUCGCCCUCUUCUUCGUGUACCUCUUCUCCUUGAGUUGCUGCCUCUUGCCGUUCAGCGGGUACGGUAAAUUCCGGCAGUACUGCCCAGGGACGUGGUGCUUCAUGGAUAUGGGGGACGCCCCUGGCACCUGGGAAGAGCGUGGGAAAUUGAUCCUGGCCUUCUCGCUGUCCUACUCCUCGCUCAAUGCGCUGCUGAUCUUCGUCGUGUUCGUCUGCAACGGCUCCGUGAUCGUCAGCCUGUGCAAGAUGCACCGCAGCCACCUGGUGCGCCGCGGCUCCGUGGUGUCGGUGGCCCGGAAGAAAAAGCUGAGCCUGGCCUGGUUCGGACGCGGGGAGGAGGAGAUGGACCACGUGGUGAUGCUGGCGCUUAUCACGAUCAUCUUUAUGGUGUGCUCCCUGCCUCUAACCAUUGCCGGCUUUAUGAAUGCCGUUAAGCCGUUCUCCGGAGACGAAGAAAACUUCAGAGCGUUCCGCUUUUACUCUUUAAACCCCAUCAUGGAUCCUUGGGUCUUCAUCAUUUUCCGCAAGUCGGUGUUUCGUCACCUCUACUCGCUGCUGUCCUGCCGGUUCGGCAAAGGAGCCAUGAAGUCGACGGAUCACUGCGCCUUGUCUUUCCCACUCGACCACUCCAUACCCCGCAACCCGUGAACACAGGAGCGGCACUUACUGACAAAACUGACUCUCUGCCACAACCCAGAGCAGACUCGUGAGCAGGGAAGGACGAAGCAGUCCAGGCAGAGAGAGAGAGAGAGAGACUGUCUGGUCUGAAAAGACGAUUUAACAAACCUCUGGAGUGAGAGGGAUCUUGAAUGUACAGCUUGUAUUCAAAGACAGAUGAUUCUCUGAACGCGUGUGUCGCCGUCGUUCCACCUCAACGCCGCAAAAGGAGUCGUGCCAAAAACCGAAGCUCAGCUGCUUCGAUCAGAGCGAUCUGAUAAACUGUUGUGGAUAUUUAACAUGCAUUACUGUAUGCUACCACUUUCCUACAACUAUUUUCUGAACACACACACACACACACACACACACACACAGUGAAACUGUUGCUCUCUACUGUUCACUUGAAGCGUUUGACCUCAUACUGUAGCCAUGGUCAGGGAUGGGUGACUUCAGAUCAGCACGUCUAAUUAAAAUGAGUUGUAUGUAGAAACUGGUGGGGACUUAACACAGAACGAAUCAGAAUGUGUGCAACAAACUCGAGUCAUAAUACAAAAACCGCAGCCUGAAGUUGCUUUCAUAUCAAAUUCUGCUCAGUUCGGUUUGUUUUCGAUGCGCCGUCUCACUACACAUCAACUCCUAUCCAAAAAUACACGAUUAAAUGAAUCCAGCCAUUUAGGUAGCUUCAAAUUACACGUACUAGUAGUAUCACCCUAGUUAGGCUGGAGAGCAGCCACAUUCAGUUUGUUAAAGAUUUUCUGUUUAAAGGAAUCACAACAAGUAGUUUAGAGCAAAACCACUUUAAUUCAUGUGUGCUUCUUGUUCAGUGUUGUUAUCAGCAUAGGCUUGUGGAGUCGAGUGUUAAUCUUAUAUUUCUACAGGUUCAGGUGGGACUUGUGCCGUUUACAGACAUGCAAUCAGUAGACCUACUUCUUCCAAGUUUUGAUCAUGGGCUGUUGCUGAUCUAAAUGUUUGUUGAAUGUCUGUGGUCCAUGUAAUGCAUCUUAAAAGCUCUAUAAAUUUUGUGUAAUCAUGGCUGUGUUCAUCUCAGAAGGUUGUGAAAGAAAUCUCUACCGUUUCAGAACUUCAGUUGUUUUUAAAUGACUAACAAUGACUAAAAUAGUUAUUUAAUGUAAUUUUUUAUUUUUAUUUUUCCAUUAGAAUUUCUGUGAGUGAUUCAACUUUGUGUCAUUUUCAUGGAUAUAUGACCUGGGUGACAUCGGAAGAUGCUCUUCCAACUAAAUCUUCAGGAAAUCAAGCUGGUCCAGUUAUGCAAAGCCAUAUUCACGGCAAUAUAAGUUAAUCAAAUAUGAUCAUGUUCAAGUCCAAUAACAUGCUAAGCAAACAAUUAUCAAACAAUGUCAGUAAAUCUUGCUCUGACUCCUACUAAAACAUCGUCCACCUCAGGGAACACAGUACACUCCUCAUGUACCUGAGGUAGACGCCGGCCCCCAGCCGAUCCCAUCCUGGUUUUAGUCACGUUAGUAUUUUGACUUCCUGUUUUAACUAUUUGCAUCAGCAGGUGUGGAAGACGAGUCGACGCCUGGUAGGCAUUUCCUGACAUUCGGAGAUCAGUACAUGUUUGCCUCACUUUGUCUGGUCCUUUUGAUUUUACAGAGUUUCUACAGUACAGCAACAAAACCUCUCAGGCUAAAUUAGUCAAACGUCCUCUUAAAGACAAGUCUGCGAGCUUGUAGAACUUCUCUUGUGAAUGUUAGGAGAUUUUAAAGCCUUAUGUCUAAUUUUAGACUAGAUUUUGACUGAUGGAGCAACAAAGUCCUGAAUCCCAAACUGACAAGUUUACUUCAAGUAUUGGUUAAUUCUCUGAAGAAAAAAAAAAGGGAAAAAUUGUUGAUAUUUUUUAGUAAACACUGAUCCACCUGCAGGAAAUGAAUGUAGUAAGAAAAUUUAAAGAAAAUCUGAUGUAUUAUGUUUGGUCCUGGGUUUAAACUAUGGGUGUUCACUUGAUGGCUUGGCCGGACCUUAAGCUAACUGUACUAAGUUUUCCUUGGGUGUAAGUGUGUGCUUGCAUAGAUCCACAGUUGUGCCUCGAGCCUCUUGAGCAGGGAUAUUAAAUAAAUUAUGCUUGUGCGUUUGAUUUUCUAGUUUUACUAAAUGUAAGAUUCAAACCAAACCAAACAAACAUCGUAAUGUUCCUUUAAUGUCAUCUACAGUCCUUUAACAACAUUCAAGUUUUUGUUUUUUUUAGACCCACAGUGGAGUAGAAAGAUGCCCCAAGAUGACAUUUUGUCAGUGUAGUAUAACCCGUGUAGUCAUUGUAUUAAAUGCACAUGAUUUCACUUUUCCUUCUCUCUGUUGCUGAUUUCAAAGCUACCAGGAGUGAUUUGUGUCGAAAGCUUUCCGCUUUUGGAGACGUCUGCUGCUUCAACGUGCACUGUGAGAGUAAACUGUUAGAUUUAUGAUGACUAGUUUUUAUUUAAGGUCAGUCACUGUGCUCUUGUUAUAAGAUCUAUUUUUUAUGGAAUGCAACAGGCAUGGUGAAGUGGUUUCAUAUAUAUAUAUAUACAUAUAUAUUUUUUUUUACAUUUUGCUGUAUACAGUCACCUUUGGCUUAUAUGCAUAACCAGUGCAAUUUGUACACGUUUCCUCCUGCACAUUUUUCUCUGUGAAGUGUAAGUAGUUAUUUGAGCUGUAAAAAUAGAGUAAUGCAAUAAAAUAUUUCCACCA